AUGACGAACACAACCAAUGGCUCGGGAGGCUUUACCGUCCCUUUCCUCAUCGACGGAGAGAAGGUCUAUCCUGAAAAGACUUUCGAAGUAGUGUCUCCCGCUACCGGAAAAGCUGUUCACAAGUGCGGAAGUGCCACUGAGAAGGAUGCCAUCGCAGCGGUUGACUCUGCCGCAAAGGCUUUCAAGAGCUGGCGCAAGACGACACCCAACGAGCGCAGAGACAUCUUCCUGAAGGCUGCCGAUAUCAUGGAUGGCCGCAAGGAGGAGUUGUCGAAAAUCAUGUGCGACGAGACUGGCGCUGCCAAGGGCUGGUCUGAUUUCAUCCUCGGCCUCGGUAUUGGCUGCUUCAGAGACGUCGCCGGACGUCUUGUGACCGUUGAGGGCACUGUCCCCGCAACCAGAGAUCCAGACGUGAGCGCUAUGGUUCUGAAGGAACCCUAUGGUGUUGUGCUUGCUAUUGCGCCUUGGAAUGCGCCCUACGUCUUGGGCGCGAGAGCGAUUGCGUUCCCAAUCGCUGCCGGAAACACCGCCGUCUUCAAAGCUUCAGAGCUUUCCCCGCGUGUAAUGUACGAAAUGGCCGACUGCCUUCACCAAGCCGGUCUGCCCAAGGGUGUCCUGAACGUCAUUGUUCACGAGCCCGCCAACGCCGCAGUCAUCACCUCGUCACUGAUCGCGCACCCCGAAAUCAAGAAGAUCAACUUCACCGGCAGCACCAACGUUGGCCGCAUCAUUGCUAAGCAGGCCGGAGAGCACUUGAAGCCCGUACUACUCGAACUCGGCGGCAAGGCCCCGGCUAUCGUGUGGGAGGAUGCCGACCUCGACCUCGCUGCCGGCCAAUGCGCCGUUGGUUCAUUCCUUCACGGAGGUCAGAUCUGCAUGAGCACAGAACGCAUCAUUGUGCACAAGAAGGUCUCCGAGCAGUUCCAGGCCAAGCUCUCCGAGUCUAUCAGCAAGAUUUUCUCAUCAGAGGCUGACGCGCCUGUGCUCAUCAACCAGCUUGCCGUCGAGAAGAACAAGAAGCUCAUCAAGGACGCCGUUGGCAAAGGCGCUGCCGUCGUUGCUGGCAAUGUCGAGGCAGAGGAAGUAUCCAAGACGAGGAUGCGUCCCAUCGUCAUCAAAAACGUCAACACUGAGAUGGACAUUUACAAGACCGAGUCUUUCGGGCCUUCAGUGUCACUUUUCGAGGUUGACACCGAGGAGGAGGCGCUGAAGAUUGCCAAUGACACCGAGUACGGUCUGACAUCUGCCGUCUUUACCGAGAACCUGCGGACCGGACUUCGCUUUGCCAAGGAGAUUGAGUCCGGCGCUGUUCACAUCAAUAACAUGACUGUCCACGACGAGAGCGGCCUGCCCCACGGCGGAGUCAAGUCUAGCGGUUUUGGUAGAUUCAACUCGAUAGGUUUGGACGAGUGGGUGAGGACGAAGACGAUCACCUACCGUAACUAG